UACAGUAUAAAAGUAAGCCCACGAUUGCAUAUCUCUCUCUGGGAGAAAAAAAAAAAAAAAAAACUCCGGAUUUUAUCCCCACAACACCAUCAGAAACAGCUCCAACCAAUGCCUCUGAACUCCUCGGAUUUCAACUGGACCGUCUCUGCCUUCACCUCUAAACUGACCCCCGCUGCUGACAUAUGUGUGGGGCUCACCAUCCUCUCCAUCGUUCUGCUCUCUGUUCUGGGAAAUGGCCUGGUUCUGGUUAUCUGCUACCGCAGGAGGAAAAAGAUGGCGGGCUCAGAGUUGCUGUGCGUCAACCUGGCCGUGGUGGACUUCCUCUGCUGCAUCUGUUUCUACCCGCUCUCCAUCCUCUCCUCCUUCCAUCACGCGUGGCUUGGAGACAACAUCACGUGCGUUUACUACGGCCUUGGCUGCUUCAUCUUCGGUCUGUGCGGCAUAUUCACCAUCACUGCAAUCAGCAUCAUUCGAUACCUGAAGACUUGCUACAGCUUGGUUUAUGCUGAGUGGCUGGAGGGAACAAACCUCCGCAUAGCAUGCUUUACCAUUUGGCUCAUGGCUGCAGUGUGGUCUAGCUUCCCUCUGUUUGGCUGGGGUGAGUACGUCCCAGAGCCUUAUGGACUGUCCUGCACCGUCGCCUGGAAAGGUUAUCACACCUCAGCCAAGGACGCCUUCUAUGUCAUCUGCUCCUUCAUCUGCUUCACACUGGUUCCUAUCGUCAUGAUCGUGGUGUCCCAGAGUCUCAUCCUCUUCAAGGUGUCCCGCUUUUCCUACUCGCUGUCUGCAAAAGGCAUCCGCAACAAUCUGCGGCAUAAAGAAAAAAAACUCUCGAUGAUGUUUUUCUGCAUCAGUCUUGGCUUUGUGAUUGCCUGGGCUCCGUAUGCUGUUGUCUCCUUCCUUUUCAUUUUCCACAAGGAUGGUAGGUACAUGGCUCCCAAGGGCUUUGUGUUCCCUGCCCUCUUUGCCAAAAGCUCACACAUCUACAACCCCUUCAUCUACUUCUACUUCAACAAGACUUUCCAGCAGGAGCUCCGCUGCCUGCUCCUAUCUUUGUGGCCCAAGCUUGGAGGAAAUCGAGUGGGUGCCCAUGUGACAUCAGGCCAACAAGCCCCUUAUCCCAUCCACAUUCAGCUCCAGGAGAGACUCUGCACCAAGAACAAACCUCACAGUAAGAGUAGAACCAAGAGCGGUGGCAGAGCUUCGAACACCAGUAGCCACCAUUUCAGAGACAGGCCGGUGUACGCCUGCUGGGGAUCCUCGUCCAAGAACAUUUCCAACUUAUUGGAGAAUAAACCUGCCAAAGGCUCUCUUCCUAUCUCUUUAUGAACUUGUCUAUUUCUGUUUACACAAGAAUCACAAGUUCUGUGGCAGAGACACUCAUCCAUGCUUUCAUCACUUCAAGUCUGGAUUAGAUGGCAAUGGAGUCCUGUCCAGCAAAGACCUGGACAGGUUCCAGUAUGCAAGAACUCAGCUGUCAGGGUCUCUCACACCAGCAUAUCCACCCAUCCAUUAUCCACCGUCACUGGCUCCCAGUCAGGUUCUUCAUCACAAAAAACAUCUUCCUCCUCGCCUACAAAUCACCACAUGCCCUUGCCCUCAGUACCUUUAAGACCUCCUCCCCCUCUACACUGUGUCCAGGAACCUUCGGUCUUCGAAAAAUGGUCUGCACGCCACUCCCCAUACCAGCCUGUGGACUUAACAGGGGCAGAGCCUUCAGCGUGGCUGCCCCUACCCUCUGGAAAUCCCCAAUACUACAUCUUUGGACACGUUCAAGAAACUCCUUAAAAAACCAAACUGUUCAACUCCUGUGAACUCGGUUAAAUCCUUUUAUCCCCAGCAGACUUGGCUACCACUCUUUGUUUUACUCUAUUGAAUUAUUUCUUCAUUUAUUUUGUUUUGUCUUUUGUUCAUACUCUUUCUGUCCUCAUGUAAACCGUCCAUGGGUCCCU